AUGAAGUCGCGUUUCGGCCACAUGGACGGGGAGGUGCACCCCCCUGGCCAGAAUCCGGGCUACCACAAUCCAUGGGUGACCAUGCCACAUCAGAUUGUCCCGUCGCCCAACACGCCGCAGUACGGAGGCCCCUGGCCAACAGCUCCGCAGAUGCAGCUGCCCUCUGGGCCCCGCCAGGGUGCCUGGGUGCAGGUGCAGUUGCGGAGUGCUGUGGAUGCAGAAACUGACACGAUUGCGGAGAAGCUGCACACACUGGAGGGCGAUCUUCCCUGGAUGUACGCCGAGGUAGAUGGCUGGGCCUUGAACUUCUAUCCUGAGGCCAAGGGCCCUAGGCCACCCAGGUGUGCCUCCAGUGUCGACCUCCGGUCUUUGCGAAGAGUGGAGGUUACGGCGCAGGUCCUGGGACCAUUCGUGGUGAGCAUGAUCAUGGAGCCCGGCACAUUCAAGUUCUACACCUACAGCCAAGAAGAGGCAGAGCAGUGGCGUCAAACCCUCACCUCGGUCUUCGUCCAGUUCCGCCAGGUUGAGAUCCACCGCCGCGCCUCCCCACCGAAGGCCCGGCCUGUUUCCAGCGCGGCGCCGGGGGUGCCCGCAGGCGCCAUGGCCGUGCGGAGGACAGAGGCGCCGUCCUCGAGCCGGAGCCAGGGCCCCCUGAGAGACAUCUACGCUUCCUGCAUCGAGGCUGUGGUCCAGGGCCAGGCACCAGGACCCGAGCUUUUUGAGUGCAUCUUCCAGCUAUACGAUGUCAAUGGUGAUGGAGAUCUGGCAUUUGAGGAGCUACAACAGAUGGUGCGCGACCUGCUCCUCGUGCGCAAGGCUGAGGUGCAGUGCGCCUUGCAGCGCCGGGAUUUGAUGACCAAGGCCGUCAUCCUGGAUGCGCAUAGCCAGAUCACGCUGCGGACUGCCUCCGCAACGAUGUCCCGCCUCGGGGAACGCCUACUCUCGGACUACGAGUCGAGGCUGGAGAAAGACGGCUUCGAGUCGAGAUGCAUUCUACUGCAGUCCCAGCUAGACUUGUCAGCGGAUCAGCGAGUGGCGCUGCCGGAGUUUCUGGCGGGAGCACCUCGCAUCCUUCUGCCCGAGAGCGAGCUGCGAGCAGAAGCCGUGUUCUUUGAGACCUGCUCCAAGGCCAUGAGAAUGCAGAAAAAGGCAGAGCACCUGACCAAGCCAGCAGGCGGCGAAUCCGACGAAGAAGACGAGGGCAUUUGUGUCCAGCAGUGA